CUAUCCGACAGCGCAAUCCUGUAGUAGCGUUCAGUCUUGUUAUGGCGACUAAUAAAAUCUGAUGGGUUGUAUUCUCGUCGCUCUGCUGCGUUGUGCGUUGGAAUUUCCCAGUUGUUAGCCGGUUUAGUAUUUAUUUAAUUAUAAAGAUUUCAAUGUAAAUGGAGGAAGAAGAGAUUGCUGCAUGGGCAGUACCGGGCCCCGAACCAGACAGAGACAAACAGGCUAGAGGUGUCGGAGAUAGGGGGUCUUACUCGGCUGCACUGCCGGGCACGGAGCUUCAUAAAACGGGGUCGAGUCAAGGAACAGCUCUCGGCGACAACACCUUAGGAACGGGGAUACGGGUAUUGAAGAGCAAUAUGAAGUGGAAUGGCAGUCGCAGCUGUGUGACACGAAAGAGCCGGUUUGGAUCUCGGGAGCGGGACUGGCUGAAGGAGGAUCCUCAGAGAGGUUGUGUGUUCUUGCACGGGAGUGGUGACCCCCAGCCUCCCAGCUCCUCUGGCCCCACCUCCUCCUCUACCUCACAGUCAGACCUGCGCCUGGUCCUGUGCACCACCGACACCACUGCUGCGGAGCUCUGUGCACAGGCUGAUUGUGACGGGCUCUACCUGCAACAGCAUGGGGACCUCAUCAGGAGGCUGGACCCCAGUGAGCGCCCUCUCCAGAUUAUGUAUGAUUACCUGGCAGCAAUGGGCUUUGAGGACCCAGUCCGCAUACAGAACGAAGCUGCUAACUCUGAUCUCUGCUGCAUGAUGCGCUUCUACAGCGAGAAGCCUUGCAGUGCAGAUCAACUGGAGCGCAUUUUGCUGAAGGGGGUGUUUAGCGUCCGCAAGGGCAAGACACAGCUGCACAAGUGGGCAGAACGGCAGGUCAUCCUGUGUGGCACCUGCCUCAUUGUGGCCUCCGUCAAGGACAGCCUCACGGGGAAGAUGCACAUCUUGCCUCUCGUAGGGGGCAAGGUAGAGGAAGUGAAGAGAAGACAACACUGCCUCAUGUUCAGCUCUGCGGGACCUCAGGCUCAAACAUAUUUUGUCAACUUUGAUUUGCUGUCUGACUACCAGAGGUGGCAUCGACAGGCUUCCAAAGUGGUGUCUCAGACAGUGAGUGUAGUGGACCUGUCCUGUUAUAGCCUGGAGGAAGUCCCGGAGUGCCUGUUCUACAGCCAGGACGUCACACACCUCAACCUGCGGAACAACUUCAUGAGGCCUGACAGGACAGGGGGGCUUCACAGCCUCAACAGGUUUUCUCAGAUAAAGAGUUUGAAUCUCUCCCACAAUCGCCUGGGUUCCUUUCCUGAGUCUUUGUGUGAGAUCCUCACGUUAACCGAACUCAACCUUUCUUGCAACGGGAUUCGCUCACUACCUACCCAGAUUGAGAAUCUGCACAGCUUACAGACACUAUCUCUGGAUGGAAAUCAUCUGAGCUUGUUACCAGUGGAGCUGGGAGGCUUGUCACAACUUAGUAGCCUGGGGCUUUCCUUUAACAACUUCUCUGAGAUCCCUGCUGUGCUGGAGAGGCUGAGUGCAGUCGACAGGCUGGCCAUGGCUGGGAACUGUCUCGAAAGGCUGGACCUGGGCACCCUGAGCAGAAUGAGCCACUUCAAGCACAUAGACCUCCGUUUAAAUGGGCUGCAAGCGGUUGUGAGUGGGGGGGUGGAGGCAUUGAAGCACAUCACGCACAUGGACCUGCGUGACAAUCGUCUCUCAGCGCUGGACCUCAGCUCAGUCUGCAGCCUCGAGCAGUUGCACUGCCAGCGCAACAGCCUGGGGGCGCUCACGCUUAGCGGCUUCACCCUCCGAGCCCUCCACACCAGUGCUAACCAUCUGAUGACUGUAAACAUCUACCCUGUUCCCAAUCAGUUAACUCACUUGGAUCUCUCACGGAAUUUGCUGGAGUACCUGCCGGACUGGGUGUGUGACACCAAGAAAAUCGAGGUGCUGGAUGUGAGUCACAAUCUGCUCACUGAGCUCCCUGGCAGGCUCUUGAGCAGUCUGAGUCUUAGGAAACUGCUCGUUGGGCACAACCAGCUCCACAGCUUGCCUGACCUCCUGGACCACAUCCCCCUGGAGGCCCUCGACCUCCAGCACAACAAGCUAGGCGAGCUCCCAGAAAGCCUCUUCUAUAAGGCCUUAAAUCUGAGGUACGUGAACUUGUCUGCAAACUCACUGGAGACUGUGCCCCCCAGCAGCCAAUCAGAGGAGAGCCUCAGUGCCCUCCAGGAGCUCUACCUCACCAGCAACAAACUGAAUGAGCAGUGUGCCGCCCUACUGGCUGGACACCAGAAUCUCCGGGUGCUGCACGUUGCCUACAACCAGCUGCAAUCCUUCCCGCCCAGCAAGCUGACAAAGUUGGAGCUGCUGGAGGAGUUGAACCUUAGUGGGAAUAAGCUAAAGACAAUCCCCUCCACUGUGGCCAACUGCAAGAGACUGCACACCCUGAUCGCUCACUCCAACCACAUCAGCGUCUUCCCAGAGAUACUCAACCUGCCAGAGAUCAAGUUGGUGGAUCUAAGCUGUAACGAGCUGACAGAGAUUCUCUUGCCUGAUUCGCUGUCCCCAACUCUCCAAGAACUGGACCUGAGUGGGAACACCAACCUCAUCCUGGAGCACAAGACCCUCAACAUUUUUAGCCAUAUUGCCACUCUGAAACUGGAUCAGAAGCCUUUGAUGUCGGCAGCAGAGUCCAUGGGCUCCCCGACGCUUUGGAACCAUGGAUACUCUGAAAUGACCGGCCAGAGGAACAAGCUAUGUGUGUCUGUGCUGGCAGUGGAUAGUUUCGGGGACAGCGUGGAGGCAGCUUAUGGGAUCUUCGACGGAGAUCGCAAUGAGGAGGUCCCACGUCUGCUGCAGUGCACCAUGGGAGAUGUGCUGUCAGAGGAGAUCCAGCACUCUAGCAUUGACACUGUCUAUAUGAGCAACACCUUCCUCAGCUCACAUCGGAAACUGGGAAUGGCUGGUCAGAAGCUGGGGGCUUCAGCCCUUCUCUGCUACAUCCAACACAAUGCUGGUGACCCUGGCAGCUAUUUCAGCCUGACCUUGGCCAAUGUGGGCACGUGCCAAGCCGUGCUGUGCCGGGAUGGGCAACCCCUGCCACUCUCCAGGGUCUUCAGCCUAGAGCAAAGCGCCGAGGAGACAGAGCGGGUCAAACUGAGCAAGGCCAUCAUUACAGAGGACAACAAGGUGAGCGGAGUGACGUGUUGCUCCCGCCUGCUGGGCUGCUCCUACCUGUCUCCCUGGGUUCUCCCUAAACCCUGGGUGCAGACCGAGCCCCUGUGUGCCCAGGACGAGUUCCUGAUUCUGGGGAACCGGGCCCUGUUCGAGCGGAUCUCCUACCAAGAGGCUGUGUGCACCGUGCAGGCGGUCCGAGACCCGCGGGCUGCUGCUAAAAAGCUGUGCACCCUGGCCCAGAGCUAUGGUUGCCGGGACAAUGUGGGCGCCGUUGUGGUGUCCCUUCAUAUCGGGGAGGACAGCUGCACCUGUGAGCUCCCCCUGGCUACUGCAGCGGGCGGAGGAGGAGGGAGGAUCUAUCCCACUGCUAUGCUUCUGGGGGAUCCUGCAACCCCUUCCACUAGCAGCGGCAUAGCAUCAGAGUUCAACAGCGAAAUGUCUGCCUCAGAGGUAGGGAGUGAGGCUGGGUCGAUCGCCUCAGACGAAAACCCUGUUGCUGGACUAGCCUCCAGACCAGAGCGCCGAUGCAGCCUCCAUCCGACAGUUUGUGCAAUUGGAGGAUUUGGAGGUGCAGGCAACAAUCUGGGGCUGUUUCAGAGGCAGCCCUCCUGCGCCACCUUCUCCAGUAACCAGUCAGACAACGGGCUGGACAGUGACGACGAGGCCCCACUAGAUGGCGUCAUUACCAAUGGGAGCAAGCUGGAAGUGGAGGUGGAUAUCCACUGCUGUGCGUUCCGGCUGAAGGGUGGAGCUCCCGAGGGGAAUGGGGGGCAGGAGUCUGUAGAGGAGCGGCGAGGGUUCGCACUCCGGCUCUCGGAGGACAUAGGCAGCUGUGUCACAGCAGGGUUUGGGUGCAGGAUGCGUCGUCAAAACAGUGUGGUGGUGGCUGCUAACGGCUGCCUCCACACUGUGAGCAGUAAAGAGACUUCGGAUCUUCAAAAGUCCCUGUCCACCUCCAGUCUGUUUGGGAAGAAGCUGUCUAACGGCUCAGUGGUCACGGUAGAGGAGAGCCACAACCUCAUUGAAGUUGCCCUGGAGGCCCCCAAGAAGAAGUCAGGAUACUUUGCUGCCCCUGCCCAGCAGGACCCCGAGGACCAAUUGGUGGUGCCGCCUGGUUUAGAACGGGAUGUUCGGGAGCAGCUGAGACAUCCCAAUCCAAACCCUGGCCCCGCACCCGCUCAACCAGCUCCCAUCACGGGAGACCCAGACUGGGAUCAUCCCCAUCUAAAUAGCCAAAAGCAGCAGCUGCAGCAGCCUUGGGAUGACAGCGCCCUUGUACUACAGCAGGAGGUGUAUGACACAGCACUAUAGGGGGCAGCCAAACACACACAGAAAGAGACUGUGUGACACUCAAUGCUGGGCAGUUCUACUGUGUGUCAUUCCAGUCCAAGGUUUUGUUGCAAUCAGGUUUUUGUUGUUAGUGCUUCCAGUGCCAUAUAUUUUGGUAAAAAAUUAAGGAUGGGGGCCAAGACCAGAAUGAGUGCAAUUACCAAAGUGAUAAAUGUGUCAGAUUUUACGUGUUUCCUGAUGGAAAAAGUGUGCCACAGAUAAAAUGGUAUAAGAUGUGAGUGUGAUAUUUUGCGCUGUAGAAUAUUUGUGGCUGGGUUCAAAUAAAAACCUGCACUGGAAUGGCCCCAUGGUGAUAGAUUUGGCCAUCAAUGAUUGUCACUUCACCCGCAAAGAUGGAAGGAGAGUAUAUGAAAGUAUAGAAGGGUUGCCUUUGUACAAUAAAGUAGUAAGUCAUUCCUACAAUGUUGUCAAAGAUGACCUAGGCAGAACAGCCCAGGCUAUAGCAAGGCUGUCUGGGGAAAGACAAAUUUUAUUUAUGGAACUCUGUGUGGGGUGGAUUAAAAAGCUUUACUUAAACCAUAGCACUAGAAACCCUUUAAUAUUCAAAUAAAAAUACUCUGACAACUUUUAACUGUUUGAGAAAAUAAAUCUUAAAGCAUAGAGAUGUUAAUAUAUUAAAUUCAUAGUAUAUUUUUACCUACUGAUGCAAGAAAGGUGUAUUAGUACUGUAUGUAAAUUGUGAUAAGGGUACGCAUGGUAUUAAGAAAAUAUUUUAAGAUGUACACAUUUCAUAUGUAUUAGUUCAUGUCUUUAGUAAUUAUCAUUUUAAGUAGAGAGGAUGGAGAGAAUGUCCCACAUUUACUAUAAGAUACUGCGAAAGGAGUAUACAAAACCCAAAGCCAUUGAUUAUUUGUGUAUACAGUACCCAAAGGGCUGGUUUUUCAAAAUUUGUAAUCUGGAUCAAAGUGUUCCGGAUUUUGUAAUCCUAUAUUUCUUGA